AUGUCCAUCUAUUCGUCGCGUUAUUUAGGCCAGUCGAAUGCCGGCUUCGAAUUGGAUGACCCCCCUUAUACCGCCCCAGAAGACGACCCGUUCCAUAUAACUCCCCUCCUCUCCCAACCGCGCCGUCGGCGCUCCAGUAUGCUCAACAAGUGGAUUCAGGAUCAGCAGACCGCACCCACCGAUGCUGUUGACGUCAACGAACAACCAUCUAUCCCUGCUUCCCGUUCCCACCCCUACUUGGCCUAUCCGGAACUAGCGACGGUCCAUCUCGACGCCAGUUCCAGUUCAGCGUCCCUGAACAGCUACGAUUUGCUGGAGGACGAUGAUAUCCCGCAACAGGUCGAUGUUCCAUUAACUCCGACCAUAAAGAAGAACUCUUCAAGACCGGGCUCCAAGAUGUUCCAAACCCCUCCCUCGUUUCGCGCUUUGCUUCCCAAGGGACCGUUCCGCUCAGCAUCCAACCCAGCGACCCCCCUUGGUACAACUUCAUCGGGCAAUCCAACGCCUGGCUCAACCCAGAUGUCCUUCUUCCCUCGCACCUCUCGCAGCAGCUCCGGCUCGACAGCUGCCCAACACAAGAAAUCAUCAAGCUUGUCCACCCUGAGCGCAUUCCUUGCGUCAAACGAUACGGAGCCUAUCGUAACGCCUUCAAAGUCGCGAUGGAGGCCCAGUGUGCUCGGGCAUUUUGGCAUUUCCACUUCGCAGCCGUCCAUCCACACAACAGAGACACAGUCCACCCAUGCUCCCCGUCCCAGUAUCUCGUCCAACACGACUUACACAACCACAACUCAGACCGAUAGCGAUUACCCCGCUACUCCUCCGCUGAGUGCAGCGGGCUCUUCUAGAGACCGACACCGUUCGUAUGGCAGUCUGAUGCAGCUUGCAGACAACAACCCGUCAUCGUCAUUUUCCGUGUGGUCGGGGCCGUCUUAUCUUGACGAGUUGAACGAGUUUUCUUCACGUGCCGGUCGCGGACCCAACUCGACAAUAAGCUGCGAUGGCUACAUCGGGAUGCCUCAGCCUCGAACUUCCUUGUCAGUUCGAGCCUUUUCGGCGAUGUCAAGGGAUGGAUUUGUUGACGGGAUUCCUCCGCCGCGGGUCCCCCUGGCGCCGAAACCUAACCCUAACAAGAAUGUGGAUCUGCGGUCCAUCAAACAGGAGAAUCGGCCAGAAAUCGCCUACUCGCCAGGGUCAAGCAAGAGUCGGACGCUGCCCAGAGUAUCAUUCGCUGCGCUCGGCCCGCGGAAGAAGAAGAAGACGCUCGUUAUUAGUGGGAUUUCGGCCGUUGACACACGCAAGUUUGAGGCCGCCAAGCGUUGGUGCGAGAGCUUCGGAGAGCUUCUCCAAAUCGUGCGCAUGCCCAAUGGCGACCUGCAUGUCCACUUCCGGAACGCCGAGGUUGCUGAUACUGUCUGCCGCGUUAGAGCCAAGGUCUACAUCCGAGGCGUUGGCAGCGUUCAGCUUUCCUGGUGCACCGGGGUGGAGAAUAUACGAUGA